AUGGCUACAACUGAUGAUCACAAAGAAAUUGUACAAUUAUUGACAGAAAAACAACUUGUCGACGAAGAAGAAGCACAACAAGAAAUUGAAGAAAGAAAACUUCAGAAUGCAAUCAAAAAAAUAAAACGUGAAGCUGAAGAAAUAGAACUGAUCGAGGAAACAAAACAUCGAGAUGAAAUCGAAAAAAUAAAACAUGAAGCUGAAGAAAUAGAACUGAUCGAAGAAACAAAACAUCGAGAUGAAAUCGAAAAAAUGAAACGUGAAGGUGAGGGAAUGAAACAAACCCAAGAAGCAAUAUUUCGACAUUCAAUCAAAAAAAUGAAACGUGAAACUAAAGUAAUAAUACAAAUCGAAAAAACAAAAAGUCGACAUGCAAUUGAAAGAAUGAAACGUGAAACUCAAGUAAUAACACGCAUCGAUGAAGCAAAACGUCAGCAAAUACGUGAAACUCAUGAAGCAAAACGACGCAAGCUAGAACUCGAAUACGCUUCAUUAUCAACUAAGAAAGGUUUUUAUAUGUUUACAUCUGAUUAUGAUUUUUACGAUAUCGAUGUACCCGGUUAUUUGCAAUCGUUCGAUAUUAAUAUAGUAUUAAAAGACAAUAAUUAUAAUAAUGAUAAUAUAUUAAAUCAUGUUGAACAUUAUUCAAAUCAAUUUUCAUCAUAUCCUGAAUUAAAUGAAAAACAAAUUCAAGAUAAAUUUGAUGAUUUAAUUGUUAAUUUAUUAAAUACAUUAAAUAAUUCUACACAAUUGAAAUAUAUACAUACAUCUUCUUCAUAUUAUUUAAAAAAUAAGUUUCAUCCUGAUUGUACAUUUAUAUAUAAAAAUAUAAAUAUCGACAUUGAUAAAGAAGUGGAAUGCUUACAAGAUUUUGUUGUUUGCCUUGGUAAUAUAAAGUCUCCAAAUGUUUCUUUAUCAGAAGACUCAAUCAUUGAAGAAAUAUUACAAUAUUUGAAAAUUAUAUUGGCAGUACAAGGUCGUGAAAAGAUAUAUGGUUUUCUUAGUAAUUGUACACACAUCAAAUUUUUUUAUGUGAAAAAGAAAUCCGAUUCGAAUUCGUAUGAAUUUUUUCAAAGCCAACAAUUAGAAAUGUUUACUUAUUCGUCCGAAGCAUUAUCGUCUAUUGAUACGUCAACAAUAACAACAACUGAAAAUACAAGAAAAUUAGGUGUUAAUAAAAAUACAUGGAAAAUAGUUACAAAUUUUUUAACAAUGAAUAUUGACUUUUAUCAAUAUACAAGAUUAAAUAUAGAUCCUAAUAAUGAUUUACUUCGUGAUCGAUAUAUGAUAACAAAAAAAUUAGGAAUUGGUGUAUCAUCGAUGGUUUAUUUAUUAGAAAAAAAUGAAGAUAAUCAUUCGGUUGAAGAUUCACCACAUUAUGUAAUGAAAAUAUUAAAAGAAAGUAAAUAUUCAGAAUGUUUUCUAAACGAAGUUGAAAUGGCAAAAAAAUUAAAACGAUUUAAUGAUUUAAAUAAAUUUCAUUUAUUUUUUCAAGAUAUUCUAUAUCCAUUGUCUUCAGAUAAAUAUUUAUUCUAUGAAAAAGAAUUACAAUGUAUAGAAUCAUUAUCAUUGAUACAAUCGAAACAACUUAUUGAUAUAAUUCAUUAUUUAUAUGAUUGUCGUGUUAUUCAUCGUGAUGUACGUCCACAAAAUUUAAUGUUAGAUCGUGAUAGUAAUCAUAUAAAAUUAAUUGAUUUCGGUUUUGCAUUUGCAUUUAAUAUGGAUAACAAGGGAGGCAGCAUAGACAUAAUAGGUCCACUUACAUAUGCUAAUGAACCAUUUUUAGAUUUCUAUUCAAAAUUAUUAAAAGGCCAAGAGUUCCCAUAUUAUUUCUAUGAACGAACUUUUGAUUUAAUAUGUGCAUUAAAUAUUAUUAUGGCUAUGAGUAAUGCUGAUAUCGAACGGAGUAUUGAUUCAUUUAAUAGUUUACAAGAUGUUAACGAAGUAGUAUUAAAAUCAUUGCAAUUAUGGAAAGAUACUCAACGUACAAAUAAACAUUAUUCAAAUUUAUUGAAAUUAAUAAAAAAGCUGGAUUCAUGGUAUCCAUCAGAUGAAUCAAAUGAAUCAGAUGAAUCAGAUGAAUCAAAUGAAUCAAAUGAAUCAGAUGAAUCAUCAGUUUCUCAUGUUUCAAAAGAUCAAUCAGCAAUUUUUGACGUUAUAAAAGAUGAAAUAGAAAAACUUUUCGAUAUGUGA